AAUGCAUAUAAAUAAACCACCCCAUACAAUCCUUUGCUGAACAUGUUUCCUUCUGUUGCUCAAAAACCCACCCUUUAGCUAUCAAGACAGGGAAGAGCCUCUCUUUGAAGGGUUUUUAAGUAUAACUUUGGAGGAAAAAAAGAAAACAAAGAAAAAAUGAUAGGGUGGGAAGAUGUUUACAAGGUUGUAGCGGCUAUGGUGCCUCUUUAUGUUGCACUGAUGUUAGGAUAUGGUUCAGUUAAGUGGUGGGGGAUAUUCAACCCAGAGCAGUGUGAUGCUAUAAACCGCCUCGUCUGCUAUUUUACUCUCCCUCUCUUUGCUGUAGAAUUCACUAGCCACAUUGAUCCUUUUGAAAUGAAUUAUCGGUUUGUUGGCGCUGAUACGAUAUCCAAGCUUGUUAUUGUGGUGAUUCUAGCCUUUUGGGCCAAUUGUAGUAGCAAAGGAAGCUAUUGCUGGUCCAUCACAAGUUUUUCUUUGUCUACUUUAAAUAAUACUUUGGUUGUAGGGGUGCCUUUGUUGAAAGCCAUGUACGGCCAAACAGGUGUUGAUCUUGUUGUCCAGUCAUCUGUUCUUCAAGGCGUUAUCUGGAUGACGUUUUUGCUAUUUGUUCUGGAAUUUCGGAGGUCAAGAGUCUCCAUUUCUUCAGCUACAAAUGAUGGAGAACAAGAGAAAGAUGUGGAAGGAAACACAGAUGAUGCUGGGGUUUUAUGCAGCAGGCCUUCUUUCUGGUAUCUGAUGAAGGUUGUGGGGAUGAAACUGUGUAUGAAUCCUAACAUAUAUGCUUGCGUUAUCGGUCUUACUUGGGCUUUUGUUGCAAACAGGUGGCAUUUUGAGAUGCCAACCAUUAUGGAGGGUUCAAUAUUGAUCAUGUCAAAGGCUGGAACGGGCACUGCCAUGUUUAGCAUGGGAACCUUCAUGGCUCGGCAAGAAAAAAUAAUAGCCUGUGGCACAAGUUUGACUAUAUUUGGGAUGGUAUUGAGGUUCAUAGUUGGACCAGGGGCCAUGGCUAUUGGGGCUAUUGCGAUGGGUUUGCAUGCUGAUGUUUUGCGUAUCGCCAUCAUUCAGGCAGCAUUGCCACAAUCCAUUACCUCCUUCAUCUUCGCCAAGGAAUAUGGAAUUCAUGCAGAAGUACUUAGCACUGCGGUGAUCUUUGGCACCAUUGUGUCCUUACCGGUGUUAGUCGCCUAUUAUGCAAUUUUAGAAUUUGUACGUUAAUCUAGAAAUUUUUUUUUUUUUGAUGAAUGGGGAGGAAAUUAUGUGGGAGGAUCAAGGGCAC